AGCUCUAUUGGGUUCAGUGGAACCUAGCAAAUAGAUUCCACCGAACCCAGCUCUACUGGGUUCCGUGGAACCUAGUAAAUAGAUUUCAUCGAACCCAGCUCGAUUCACUAGAACCCAGUUGUCUCAAAAUCCAUCGCAACAACCUGCAAUUUGAAUAAUCUCUUGGCAAACAAAACCUGCAAUUUGAAUAAUCUCUUGGCAAACAAUCAUAUAACAAACAAAAAAAACCAAUUGCCCAAAAAUCCCUCACAACAACCUGCAAUUUGGAUAAUCUCUUGGCAAACAACCAUAUAAACAAAAAAAAAAAGAAGUGGAGUUGGGUUCGGUGGAACCCAGGCUGGGUUCCACCGAACCAGUGGUUGGGUUCCGUUCGAUGACCUGAGGAAGAAAGACCCGAGGAAGAAGAGUAAGAAAGAAGAGGAAGAAAGAAAAAGAAAAAAAGAAAUGAAAAAGAUGGAUAAAAUUAUUUUAUUUUAUUUUUUAAAAAUAUAAAUAAUAAUAAAGACCCAAAAUAAACUUAUAAUUAUACAACCCAAAAUAAAGUAGAAGACAAAAACGUGAAAUCAAAGAUUUUUCCAGUUUUCAAGGUCUAGAGCUGAUGAGCCCACUCUUAUGUUCUUAUAUAUCAUUGGUACCCUAAGAACAUGGAAACAAUAAGCACACUCCACAUUCCCAUCGGGAAAUCCUUAUUCACUUCAAUGCCAACAAUUGCAUGCCAAUCUUCUUUCUACUUUGAAUGAUACCAUGCCUUCAAAUAUAGUUCUACUAAAGCUUUCCAAAUAGCAUGUGAACUACAGUGAGCACACCCAUAAGAUAUCAACCCUGAUCAAAAUCCAAAAAGCAAGAUCAGGCUUUUCAACAUUUCUGUGGUAUGCCGUACGCAUCCCCAACCUGAGACGGACCUCCAAAGGGCUUAGUCCAAUUCCUUGUAUUGGCUAUGGUGCAGAAUCAUAGCUGGUAUUGGUUCCCAAAAAAAAGGUGCUUCCCUUAGCUCCCUCCAACUAUAAUCAACGGUUGAACUUCAUAAGAUAUCAAGAUCAGCCCACUGGAGUUACAGAUGGUUAACCAACUGAAUUACUGUAACUUCAACGAUGAUGUGCCACCUUAUUUGAUCAAUUUUCUUGAGCUGUUGGAUAACUUUGAUGAGCUACUAAUGGUUAACAGGAGGCCACGAAGAUGAGGUCUGUGAAUUGAUUAAUAAAAAAGUAGAAGAAUGUAAACAACAAUUGAAAAAACUGAGCAAGAAGUAUGGUAAUGCAUUCAAGAAGUCUUAUAUCAAACUCCAAAUGGCUAGGCUCCAAAAAGCUUGUGAAGUCCUCAGAAAACUGUUGGACUCUUUUAAACAAGAGGAAGUGGUUCAAGAUUUGCAGCCAAUAUGGUAAUCCAUGUUUAUGUUUUUCUACACAUUGUGGUUUGCUUGUAUGAUUUCUUGUCUCUUUGUUUGGAGCUUUAGGGGUUUAUUUAGAGUUUCUAAAUUUGUACAGCUGUAAUGUAACAUUAAAAAAUGAAUUCUUUGUAUCAUGACUUCUUAGAUUAUAUUGUUUGUGCUUAAGUUUUGCUGUACGGUUAUAGUUAUACUGAAUUUUUUGUAUGAUGAAUUCUUGUUUAUGCUUAAGUUUUUCUGUAUGGUUUGGUAAUCCAUGUCUAUGAUUAAAUUUUUUUGCAUGGUGUGGUUUACCUAUAGAUCUCGUUUGUUUGGAGUUUUAAGGGUUUAUUUAGAGUUUUUAGAUUUGUACAACUAUCAUAUAACAUUAAAGAAUGAAUACUUUGUAUCAUAAUUUCUUAGACUGGAUUUUUGUUUGUGUUAAUGCUAGUUUUGAGCCUACCUAUUUUAUCAAGAACCUUAUGAUACCAUGUACUGAUCCUGAUGAGGAGUUGAGUUGUUUAAUUACCAAGUUGGAGGACAUUGAUAAGGUCAUUGUUUUAGCACAAGAGUGGCAAUUAUCUUUGAUGGGAGAAUUUGUGCUUCCAUGGAAACACUUCAAUAAGAAGAAACCUGUAUUAACUAUAACAUAUUCUCUUUACAUUUGAGGAUUGGUAUCAUCAUUUACUCUGAGAGAGUUUCAAAAAAUAGAAUAGCAAUAUACUUGAAUUUCUUUUCUCAAGUUUUGUGUGUAUCCUCUUUUGAGGUCCGAAAGGUUUUUUAUAUUAG